GAAAGAGACAAAAAGAAAGGACAGGAGGAGACAGGAUGAGAAGAGAGAAAGUGGCAAGGGAGAAGGAGAGAGGAGGAGAUAAUAAAGGAACAAGGAAGAGGGGAAUCAAGUAAGACCAAGAGUUGAAUCAGUGACAGAAAAAUAGUUUAAGAACAAAGAACAAAGAAAAGGAAUGCAGAGACAAGUAGAGGCAGAAGAGAGGAGAGAACCAGUGUGAGGACUCUAGUGGAGGGCUGUGCUACAUCUCAGUGCCACUGUGCUACAUCUCAGUACCAAUGUGCUACAUCUCAGUACCACUGUGCUACAUCUCAGUACCACUGUGCUACAUCUCAGUACCACUGUGCUACAUCUCAACACCACCCGGUGGGGAUGUCAGGCUGCCUGAUGACUCCAUUCAUUGGCUCUGCGAGAAAAAUCUUUGACUGCAGUGAAAUAAAAAUAAAUAAAAUGAAGAAUGACAGCCUUCAAACGAAAAUAGACAAUUGAAAAUAAAAAGACUUGAAACUAACACAGGAAAACAAAAUAGACAAUGAGAUGUGGUGAUGGUGGUUUCUGAAUACAAAUUGUUUACAUGAUCUGUUAUAUAUUGCCACCUGGUGACGUUGGAUGGGACUACAUGAUCUUGUCCUCCACGUUCUCAACUUUUAUGUACAUAUGUUUUUCUACAAAAUCAAUAAACACAAAUAAUGCGGUGACCAAGUAAUCAACAUUUACAUUUUAGUCAUUUAGCAGACACAUUUUACUCAGGAAUUACUUCUCAGCAAAAGUCAGUUUUGGAAUGAAAGAAAUACAAAUAAUAAACAUAAUAUACAUAGCAAUUGUUAGUUCUCAAAAUAAAUAGAGGGGCAGGGAGGUAUUCAUCUCUGCUUCUCCACCUGAACUCAGGUUAUUCAAGUUUUUCUCUCUCUAGUUCUCUGGUAAUUUGUUUAUAGAUGUUGGUUCCUCCUGCGUCACCCAGCAACGCUCCCUUUCAGAGUUGUUUCACUUAUCACUGUACCGCCCUGAAGCCAUAAAGUUGAAGUGGUCAAGUCAAGGAAGUCAGUGAUUCAGUCAGUCAAGACGCUUGUUUCAAAUUGAAGCAACAUUAAAUAGAACAUCAGAAUCUGUUCAUCUAGUUAGUUUUGUUUCUGGUGACAUCACACCGAAUACAGCCUAAUUCUCAGGUGUUUCUAAGGGAAAAGGACACUAUCACAUCUUAGGAAUAUUAGUGUGGUCUGUCAACUUUCCUUCUGGUGAGUCGUGAGUCUCUUUACCCUCAGGCUGGUCAGAGAUGGAGCUGAAUCCAACUCAACUGGCUUGGGAGAAUCCAGAGGAGUAUCUGCAAAGGAAACUGAGAGAUGGAGUACAGAGUCAACUUCAGUCACAUGUGGGAAUCGCCAAAGCUGUGAAUAAGACUCCUUUAUAUCUGAUGAAGGCCAAUGAGGUGGAGGAGCGGGAGCGCUACCGAUACCAGUGGAGGAAGGAGGACAGGCAGAGGAUCGUCAGCGACAGAUUGGAGCUGGGUGUUUCCGUAGUGACGGGGGCGUUGAUGGGGCUUGUGUCAGGGGGAGGUAUAAUGGGCGGAGUGACAGGGUUUCUGAUAUGGUUUGCAACAGGACUGGUCAGGAACCGGUGGAGUCCCUGACUCACUGGCCAGCCCCAUGGGCUUCUGUAGGUGCCCACGCUGUGGCGUGGCUUCACCAGAACCCAGAAUAGGUUGACGAAAGAGGGCGGGGCAUGCACUCCAUCUUGCGCUUAAUUCCGUGUCAUCUUACUCAUAUUUAAAAACACUCUAAUUCAAAAUGUAAACCUCGUAUAGGGCUAUGGCCCAGUUGACUCUCACAUAGAUUGCCACGGUUGUCAAUAAAAGAGCCGCUUCCAAAAUCCUUUCUUGAGCUGUAUAUUUGUGCUCAUAGCUCUUCAUUGCUUGCUGCCUAACACUAGCUUAUAUUAAUGUCUUAGGGCCAGUUUCACAGACACGGAGUGAGACCCUAACCAUAGUCUAGGACUAAAAACCCCAGAGUUUGUUGUUUUUGUCCUAGACUAGGCUGAAUCUGUGUCUUCGAAACCGGCCCUUAAUGCUUUGGUUUGAACACAGAACAGUCAGAAAACAAAUCUAGUUUGAAACAAGUGUACACUUGCUUAUUUGAUGUGACAUAAAAGCUUGUUAAUAAAAUAACUGACCUAACAAGAGAAACUAUCACAUAUCCAGAUUAGGCCUACUCCUGGACUAAAAAUCUAAUUGGAAACUCAUUGUAGAUUCUAAUUGAGCUUGAUUUUUUUAGUUCUUGACUAGGCCUAAUAUGUGUCUGUGAAACCAGCCCAUGUAGAUCACAUAAAACUGAAAUAGUACUUCUUUAAGCUUUCCCCCAGGGGUGAAUAUUUAGAAAAAACGAUAUGGUCUCAACAUUUAGCGAGGGGAGGUGGUUGUUGUUAGUGUGCAAACUACUGUAUUUCAAAUUACUGUACUUCAAAUUACUGUAUUUCUUUCUUGUCUGUGGAUAAACACAAAUCUUACAUCAAUAUUUCUAUUCAUUUGAAUUGACCAAUUUAUUAUUACUCUGAAUAUUUACAGCUUUUUCAGGUGGAUGGAUUAUUUAUUAUGGUUGAUGGGAUCUCCCAAAGUUCCAAAUUUGAAAUUAGUUUUUUUUUUAAAGAAAAUCUAUACUGAAACUAGAAACAUCAAGUCCAAAACUAAUCCAAAUUAAAUUAAAAAAAAGAUUGCACUUUGAAUUCCUUUGGCCAAGUCUUUCCAUGUAAUCGCAGUGUUCAGAUUUCUCAGGCAUCACUCAGGCAACGAAUGGUCUGGUAAAUUCUAUGUCCAUUAAAGGGCAAGUUUAUUGGUGAACAAUAGUACAUUAUAAACUGAUGGAAUGAGAAAAUAUCUGCAUUACUGACAAUUAUCCUCACAUUGUUACUGUCCAACAAUACAGUUUUUUUUUUCACACAUCUUAUGUUAAAUAUGUGGUUCAGUUGCAUUUAAAAAAAUUAUUACAUUACUUUAAUGAAACAUAAAAGGACAGUCUAAUAAUAUGUGUGUGUUUGUCUCAAGGCCGCUACACAGAACCGAGAAAUACAGUAUGCCUUUGUGUACCCAAGGCAGUUAUUCAUUGAUGUGCGCAAUUGCUGCUUCAACUGUACCAUUUCCAAAGUACAAAUAAAACAACCAAAACUGAACUGCGAUUAUCGACAAAUAAAAGUAAAAACAAGACUGAGGAAAGGCAUCUAACUGAAAGUGACUAACAAUUUGGAAGGAAAACAGAAGAGAAUUAGAAGUGUAUUUUUUAAACCAACUGGAAUAAAUGCUAAUGUAACUGUACAUACACUGUAAUAACCUGAACUGCCUCAUGCAGAACGUGGGACGGGAACAGCGCUCUACUGGGCUGGGCACUGUCAAACACGCUAACACCCCCACCCUGGCACACAAACACACACACUCAGUACCAUGUCCACACACUUGCAUAAUCGAUUUUCAAAACAAUUAAACUUUAUGUCACACAGACUUGCAAGGCUUUCACAAGGGUUGUGUGUGUGAAUUUAUGCACGUUCAUGCAUGUGUGUGUGUGUGUGUGUGUGUGUCAACGUUUCAUUCACAUGAUCGUCCUCUGUGUUGUUAUUAACAAUAAGACUCAGUUGUUGAAUAACCUUGGGUGCAGGUUAUUCCUUCCGCGACACAGCCUCCUUUCAGUCUGGACGUUUCAUUGGCUGAAAUCACACUUUUAGUAAAAGAGAAAGUGAAAGAGUGGGAGAACAAGAUGAGCCUUUCUGUGUUGCUUUCGGUUUUGUCAAAGAGACUGAAGGUGAUACUGAGACCAUGAAACAUCACAGUUGAGUAUCAUCUAUAAUGUCGUUCAUUCACUGUCGAAGACUAGUUAGUUCAACAACCAGUGAAUAUAUUUAGCUCGCUCAAUUUUUCUUCUGCUUUUCUCAACCUGACCCGUCGCAAGCAAAAUGGCUGAAACGUGUAGCAAAGGUGAGUGUUUUGUGUUCAGGUCCUUUCCACAAGUCGUCUGUAAAUAAACACAAACCUUACCUCAACAUCUGUAUUUAAAUGUACCUGUUUACAGCUUUCACAUCUCCUAAACCAUGCAGCAUUAUGUUAGAGUUAUUAUUUUUAUUGUUGUUACUGAUUGUGUUACUGUGUUUUAUUUAUGUGCAUUAGUAUUUCAGGAAUGUUGACUAUGUUACAUGGAUGAUGGUCUGUUCUUCCACAGGUUCCUCCCACCUGAGGUUAGUUCUGCUGGGAAGGACGGGAUCAGGAAAGAGUUCAACAGGAAACACCAUCCUGGGGAGGGAGGCGUUUAAAGAGGAGACUGGAACCACGAGGAGCGUCAUGGAGACAGGGGAGGUGGAAGGGAGGAGGUUAACUGUGAUUGACACUCCUGGGAUCUACAGCACUGCUCUAACGGAGGAACAACUGAAUGAGGAAAUGAAAAGGUGCAUGUCUCUCUCUUCUCCAGGACCUCACGCGCUCCUGCUAGUGAUUCAGCAGGAGAAAUUCACCCAGGAAGACACAAAGGUUUUGUCGUGGAUCCAGGAAAACUUCGGCGAGGACGCUUUGAUGUACACCCUGGUGCUGUUCACAGGAAGAGAAAGACUAACCAGGAAGCAAUGGGAGGAGUUUGAGAAAACUGUUACAACUAGAAAACCAAUCACUGUGUGUGGGGGCGGGGUUCAAACCCUUAACAGUAAGCCACAGGUCCAGCCCACUCAAAUCAUAAAGAUGCUGAGAAACAUAGAGGAGAUGUUGAAGAGGAAUGGAGGAGAACAUUACCCAGAGGAGAAGUACCAGGAGGCUCAGAGAAAAAUUAGAAAGGAGCAAGAGAGGAGGAUGAGAGAGGAGGAAGAGAAGGACCAACAGAAGAGAAAGAAAGAAGAAGAGAAGAAGAGACAUGAAGAAGAGGAAAAGAGAAAAGAGUUGGAAAAUAAACGGGGGGAGAUGAAAUUGAGGACAAAAGAGGAAGAGGAGAGGAGGAGAAAGAAAGAAAAUAAAUUAGAGGAAGAGAAAGCGCCAAAUAGAAAAGAUGAAGAAGACAGGAAGAGACCGGUGAAGGAAAAGCAACGGGAGAUAGAGAGGUGCAGACAGGAACGGGAAAACAAAUUGGUGAAAGAGAACCAGAGAAAAGGACAAGAGGAAGAGCAGAGGAGAACCCAGGAGAACGAGAGAGGGGAGGACAGGACAAGAGGAGAGAGGAAGAGACAGGAGCAGCAGCAACAAGCAAACAUAAGUCAAACAGGCCGAGGAAACCUGAGGAUCGUUCUUCUGGGUAGAACCGGAUCAGGGAAGAGUGCAACAGGAAACACCAUCCUGGGGAGGGAAGCCUUUAUAUCAGAACUUUCUCCACAGUCUGUGACCUCACACUGUAUGAAACAGAGUGGAGAUGUGUCCGGAAGGUCGAUCGAUGUCGUUGACACUCCGGGACUUGUUGACCCAACACAAAUGAAUGACGCGACGAGAAGAGAAAUAGGCCGAUGCGUUGACAUUUCCGAACCCGGACCUCAUGUGUUCCUCCUGGUUGUCAGGCUGGACAGUUUCAGACCGGAACAGGUGAACAAUGUGAAGUGGAUCGAGGAGAUAUUUGGUGAAAAUGUGACAGAAUACACCAUCGUUUUAUUUACUGGUGUUGACUGCCUGGGCAGAAGGCUGUUAAAGAACUUUCCGGAGUUUCGUGAGGUGUUAUACUGUGGCUCCAGGUAUCAUGUGUUUAACAAUGCUGAUAGGAAUAACCGUAAUCAGGUCACAGAUCUACUGCAGAAGAUGGAGAAGAUGGUGGAGAUAAAUAGAGGACAACACUACACCUCGGUUAUGUAUGAGGAAGCACAGAGGAAGUUUGUGCACAAAUGUACAAUCAUUUAGAGACUUUUUCAGCGUAUGUGUUGAUGCAACAGAAUGUUUUGGAUUUUACACACGUGACCAUGAUUGCAGAACGGUUUCAAACAAACAACAACAAACUUACUCCAACAGAAAUAAUGUGUUUUCUUCUAUAUUUAUGUUUUAUCAGUGAAGUUGUCUUUUUAUGUUUUGAGUACUACAGAAUUAUAGACAAUACCAAGUCAUUAAUUUGGUCAAUUUGCAGUCUGGUAAUGUUCUUCUCUUAUCUGUCCUGUUCCUACAGAAACGUGGGACAAUUUGAUAUAUGUUGAGGCUUGUAAGGCAAAACAACAGUGGAGAUGGCUUGUUUUUGUGAUCUACAUGUUAUGAGUGAUCAUGUUUUCUCUGGUUUUGUGUGCUACAGACACGACACCAGAUUAUUCUUUUGAUUAGUUCUGUUUUGAUAUGGAACUUUAGAAUGAGUUGAUCAAAUGACUGGGUUGCUUUCUUCAGCAACCAAAACAUGAGAAAUUAAUGAAUGAAUGUAUUCAUUAAUAAAACCUAAUGUAAAAGGC